UAAGACUUCAAAGCACCAUUGGCGUGGAUGUUACGUUUGCCCUAAUGUCCCAAAUCAAGUUCUUCGCUGGUCCUCAGGCACCGAUGACGUCGGUCCUCAGGCAACCACAUUCGCACGCUUUUCACUCGACAACACUGUCGUCAUCUGCCACAACAUUGAAAUAUACUAAUUGAUAUCCAUUGAACAUGCGGUAUUAUCUGGCUUCCUGUCUCCACUACUACUUAUUCAUAGGAACCCGUACCACAAGCAUCCAACCCGCCUCUCAGCCUUAUGGGGCUUAGUCUACGUCAUUGCCGACGAGCAUGGCCGGAGAGCAUAUAUCAUUUGGUCUUCUUGACCAAUCCAUGUUUGGGUCAUUGGUUAAACUAUCCAGUACUCUGGUUUCGGUCUGCUUGGCUUCCAUAAUAAUCUGGUUCACUCGCCAACCGAAGAGUCGCAAUCGUACCUGCGCCGACAUGCUUCCAGAAAGAGUUUAUCAACUAUGUCACAGCAGCAAAACUGUGAGCUCCGAACUUGCACGAGACCCGAAUCAAGCACCAACCAAGGUAUUUCACAAUCUUUAUAGUGGCUAUCAUGUCAAAGAAGAUGCGUCAAAAUCUGAGGACCACGGAGGUGGCCAUGACAGUCUACAAAAGGCCCUAGAAUGUGGCAAUUGGGGCCCAACGAAACCAAGCAAUCUAUUCCUAAAGAUAUAUCAUGACGCACUGUGUACCUUGGAGAAAAACUCAAUGGCGGGUGUUGUCUCUCCGCCAUUAAUGGGUAGUCAUGGGUUUGCACCUUUGACCAUUGUGGCCCCCUUGCCGGAUUUGUGCCGGCACAUGGCCAAUUGUAUUGCCCGGGCUGAGACUGAAGUCUUUCUCGGGACAAACUUCUGGAUUUAUUCUGACGCUUCGACAUUGGUGACCAACGCCUUCCGCGAGUUAUCCAAACGAGCUGGUGAACGCGGCACAAAGGUAGUGGUGAAGAUGAUCUAUGACCGCGGCGAUCCCCGACAAGCAUAUGAGAAUCGGUUGGAUGUACCAGAAAAGAAAUACACAAGUGAGAAAGUUCAACUCCCUCCAGCUGAGGAAGUUCCCAAUAUUGAUCUGCAGGUUGUCAAUUACCACCGUCCUAUAUUCGGAACGUUCCACGCUAAGUUCAUGGUUGUUGAUCGGAGGAUAGCCCUGCUGCAAAGCAGUAAUGUCCAGGAUAAUGACAACUUGGAGAUGAUGGUUAGGCUUGAAGGACCUAUUGUGGACGCCUUUUAUGACACCGCUUUGAUCUCAUGGGGAAAGCACUUCGAUACGCCCUUUCCAAUGCUGUCUUCUCCUGCUGCGGGUGCUCCAAUUCCCAGCCUUUCCCUCAUGGACGUAAGCCACAAAGAGGAAUGUCAGGGCUUGUCUUUGCCCGAGCACACCACGGUAGACCAGCACUAUGACCUUGACAUCAAGAACGAAGCACGGCGGGUCAACGGCACCCUCGAGCCUAGGCCUGGAGAGUCUAAAACUGUUCCGGUCACUCGCCACCUGAACACAACUACUCAAACAAACACAACCGGGGACGCCCCGGACGUUGAUCAAGAUACCCCAAUGACACCGUAUAUCAUAUCCCCACCUCAUGAAGCAUGCCCAAUGGCCUUAGUAAAUAGGGAGCCCUGGGGUGCUCCGAACCACACCAGCAUCUAUACCCCUCAAAAUGCCGCCUUUCUCUCGGCAAUUCAAAAUGCGGAACACUCAAUCUUCAUCCAGACCCCGAAUAUGAACGCAGAGCCUCUCCUGGAACCAUUACUGGAAGCUGUCCGCCGCGGUGUCGUUGUCACAUGCUACCUAUGUCUGGGCUACAACGAUGCCGGACAACUACUUCCCUUUCAAAAUGGCACGAAUGAGAUGAUUUCUAACCGAUUAUAUAACUCUCUUGAGAAACAGGGUGAACGAGCACGACUACGUAUAUAUAAUUAUGUCGGUAAGGACCAGACAAAGCCUAUCCAUAAUAAGUUCAAGCGUCGAAGCUGCCACAUCAAGCUUAUGAUCAUCGACGGCAAAGUGGCUAUUCAAGGGAAUGGGAACCUCGACACUCAGUCGUUCUAUCACAGCCAGGAAGUUAACGUCCUUAUUGACUCCCCGAUCAUCUGCCGCUCAUGGCUUGAGACGAUCAACCGAAACCAGAACACGGCUCUUUACGGUGCGGUAAGUCCAGAAGAUGGAUGCUGGCAUGACGCCUCGACUGGUGAGGUUCCAGAAGGGUCUAUUGGUGUCAGCCCAGGACGUUUCAGCUGGGCUAAAGGGGUUGUUGGGGCUGUGCAGAGAGUACGAGGAGCUGGCGGGUUUUAAUAUCUUGGAUGCCAUUGUUUCUUCAGAUAUAAGCUGAGCACAUGAUCUGAUACGAAUAAAAUAAUGAGUUCUACAAUAGACCAAUUUGACAUUCAACCUACUGAGAGCCUACACAACAAAGAUGUUA